CACACGAUGGCCGUGACAGCACAGCUGAUUUUUGUUCUCUUCAGUUUGGUCUCGAUCACAGAGUCCAGUGAUGUGUUCGGAUUGGUUGGCAGUUCAGUUCGACUAGACACACAGCAUCCUGUACCAGUGUUUGAUGGUUUAUCCUGGGUCUUCAACAGAGCUAAAAAUAUUUUAAAAUAUUAUACUGAAAAUAAAAAAUGUAAACAGCAUCCUGCUUAUGAAGGCAGAGUGGAGUUCAAUAAUGAAACCUACAGCCUGACACUGAAGAACUUACAGAAGACUGAUAGUGGACUGUAUGAAGCAAAAGCAGCUGGUGCACAGAACAGAGUUGUUGUUAAGUACAGACUCUCUGUGUUGGAUCCAGUGGAGGCCCCAGUCUUGUCUUCAGCCUUUCACCAGCUCAGCAACAACACCUGCAACAUCAUUCUCACCUGUAGAGGUCAUGACCUCUGUCUCAACUCCAGCUGCUACAAUGAAACCUAUGAGGAAAAGGAAGUGACAUCACCCGGAGGCAUCACCCUUUCUCUGUCUGUCAAUGGCAGCAGCAUUAUCUGUAACCAUAGCAACCCAGCCAGCUGGAAGGAGGCUGUUUUGGAGAUGGGAGAACUUAAACGAUUCUGUGCUGAUAAAGGAGAACACAGUACACAGGAAGAUGACCCACCCUUACAAUUGCUAUUGCUUGCUGUGGUUGUCAUAGGGGUCAUCAUUCUUCUAGUUAUCUUCAUCAGUUUUUAUCUUUGCUGGAGGAAAUCAACAGGUCCCACACAGUGUGAGAACACAGUCUAUGCAGAAAUUGAGAGGAAUUGUGCAGCAACACCACCUAUUGAGCUGGAGACACAUUCUACUCUGUACAGUGUUGUACAGAAGAAACCACAACCUACAAAUACAAUCUAUGAAACCUGGAACCAUUUAUACCACAGUUUCAAAUCUCAGCAAAGCUGUGAAUUAAUUUGAAUGGAACCACAUCACUGAAAAUUGAAGCCACUCUUGAUUUACACAGAAGGCUAAGAAGAUUCCCAGUGAUUUCACAGUCAUCUUGUGCGAGUCCACAAAAGUACAACUGGCCCUCCUCUAACUGGGUGUAAAAGAUGGCUUUGGCCCACUGCUGAUGAUAGCCCGUCUUAAAGAACAGAGCUUUUUUUCAAACAACAUUUUUGUUUACACUGAGAUACAGUCAUAAAACUGGACAAUUCCAGCUGUGGAUGUCUUUACAGAUCAGAAACCUUUUCGUUGUAAGUAAAAAUACGUACGGGGUAGCUCCAGCUUUUAGGGGCCCUAAGUAAGGAUUUUUGGGGAGGCUCCCAUCUUGCUAAAUGGAGAUUUGGCAGAAGUUUGAUGGACAUUUACCCCACCAUGGCUACUGUUUGUUUUCUGCUUGUGCUGUUCUUUUUGGCUAGGGCAGAAUUCUUUCCGAUUGACUUUACCCCCCAAAGGACAUGCCAAGCCAGAUGCCCCUGCCGGCUGCCCGUCCAGCACCGGCGUCGCUGUGCUACUGGCUGUAUGGCUGUUGGUAUGGCCAACCCAUGUAUCAGUUCUGUCGUCUCACCUUCCCUCGCCGAUUUUGGUGACACACUUGACUCCUCCACAGCUCAGACUGCAGGACUGGUAACAUCUGUGCUCCAUGAAGCUGCUGACCAAACUGUCUCUCUCUCCAGCUCCAACUCCAGGGCCGCAGGCAAGUUGCGCUGGCAGGCCAGCUGUAUGUGGAUGCC